AUGGGCCGUUCAUGCCCCCCCUCGGCGACGGGCCUUCCGCGCGUCUCGGAGGAGGGCGAGCUCACGGACGAGGCCGAUUGCCUGACGUGCGACGAGGCGAGCCUCUGCGAGCCGGCGUGCUCGCGCGGAAGCGAGGGAUCCGGCGCGCUUGGUGGGCGCUCGGCGUCCGCCGCAAGGUCCUCGGAGUCCCUCCACAUCGUGGAAAAGGCCAAACCUGUCGAUCUCGUACCCCCGGCGCCGGGUUUCCGAGCCCCGGCCGGAGGUUCGGGAUUGCACCAACCAACUCUCCCGCGUAACAAACCCGAAAGUCUCGGGUUUCGUUCCAAGACCUUCAAGUUUCGCAGCAGCAGCGUGGACAGCGGCCUCUACAUGCUCGAGAACCGCGCGACGACCGCGGCGAGCGGGUACGCCAUGCUCAUGCCGCUCACCUUACGGGUCAUGGAGAAGAUAAGGCUCGACGGAUGGCGGUGCAUGCCCAAGGUGGAGUCCGACCUGUGGUGGCGCGCGCACUCGCAUCCCAUGUCCACCUCCGGUCCGCCCCCGCCGGUCACCACCGAGCUGAUGCGCGUCGGGCAGAGGCUGCUCAUCGGCAUCAAGUCCCCGGCGAAACGCCCCACCGCUCCGGACGCCAGCCCCACGAGCUCGAGGCAGGGGACCGUGCACGACGUGAUCAACGCCGCGGUGGAGAGCGCGCAGAGCUUUGCGCCCGCGAGGGUGGAGGCGCUCGGCCGCAUCCUCGCGCCGGCCAACUGGGUGACGAUCGAUCGGCUCUCCGAAUCAUCCGAGGGAAAGAUGGUGGUCUGGUCCCCCGACGACGAUGACGUCCCCGGCGCGGGCUUCGUGGUGACUCCCGCCGAGGCUGCGGCCAAGAUGCUUUUCGGGGCGGACGAGGCCCCGCGCAUGGUCUCCGCGCUCACCGCGGGGCUCGCGGCGACGGAGCAGAAACACGCGCAUGCAUCCACCCCGAACGCGGGCCAACGGCGUAAAUCCCUGGACGGGGACGAUCGCCCACGACCGCCGCGGCUGGCCAGGCACGCGAGCUUCACCUCGUGGGACUGGAACGGCAGCGGCCAGUCGUCUGGGGAGGGAUGCUGCGUCGAGUCCAACGCGCUCGCCGUCGGCGCCGAGGCGGAGGUAUCGAUGGCGGCCGGCGCGCUGGGCCUGCCCCGCCGCGGUAGAAGGGCCAACGCGACGCCGCCGCUGCCCACGAUCCGCUCCCCGGUCGCGGUGGCGAAGCGGAGGAGGGUGUCCGAGGGCGAGAUGGCUGAAAACGAUCACGGUCACCCGACCUCCUCGUUACCCAUCGUUCACCCGAGCUCCCCGAUCGUCAUAAGCGCCAAGAAGAAAUCUCCGCCGCGACAAUGCAUGGACACCGCAUCCGUGGAUGACGAUGGACCGUCGCACGUCGAGCUGGCGAGGGAGAGGGACGCGGAGGAGGAGCGAAGGCGCCAGCGAGAGGCGCGACGCGAGGGCGAGAGCGAAACCAUCAAGGCGCUCCGGCAGCAGUGGGAGACGAUGAAGGGCCGCACGAUGAGGGCCGGCACCCCAGCACCUGCGGGGGGCACAAGGCCCGAGCGCGCGAGAGACGACGGCGACGGGGAUACGCCGCCGCCGAAGAUGGUUCGCCGGCGCGCGCCCAACCUCAAGCAGCGGCUCUCCGAGGUGCUCAUCCCGGUGCUCAACCCGAUGCGAAACUGGAACUUCAACACGCGCGUCACCGGCCUGAACCUGUCGAACGCGUCCAUCGGGCCCGAGGGAGCCAAGUUUCUGGCGUCCGCGCUGCACGGGAGGCGGAACGCGGACGGGACGUGGGUGUUCAACAGCGUGCUUCGAUCGCUGAAUCUGGAGUUUAACUCCAUCGGAGACGAGGGCGCCGUCGCGCUCUUCGAGGCUCUGGCGCCGCGGUGGGUCACCGACGGCGCGGACGACGCAUCGGACGUGUCGGGCCACAGUGGAUUCGACCAGGACGAGUGGAUGCGAUCGACGGCUCCGGCGUCCACGCCGACUCGGUCGGACGGUGCGUGGGUGUGCAACACGGCUAUGCAGGAGCUCAACCUGAAUUUUUGCGACAUCGGGCCCUUGGGCGCGGCGGCGCUCGCGAGGGUGCUCGCGCCGCGCGUCGGGCCCGAGGGCGGGUGGGUGUUCUGCAGCGGAGUCACGUCCGUGUCCAUGUUCCACAACCACAUCGGUCCGGAGGGUGCGAGGCUGCUGGGCGACGCGCUCGCGCCGCGGAGGCAACCGCAAACCGGCGAGCACGUCUUCAACCCCGUCUUCAGGGCUCUCAACGUCGGCAGGAACCAGCUCGGGGACCAGGGGCUGUCGCACAUAGCGCGCGCGUUCGCCCCGAAGCGGUCUCCUUCAAGUGGUCACUGGGACUUCAACCCCACGUUCACGCACCUCCACGCCAACCAGAAUAGCUGCAUGCACCAGGAGGGACCGCUCGCCGUCGGCGCCGCGCUCUCGCCCCGUCCGAACCCCGACGGCGGGUGGGCGUUUGCCCAUAGCCUCUCCACCCUGCACCUCGCCAACGUGCAUCUCGACGAAGAGGGCGGCAGGGCGAUCGCCGGAAUCAUCGCGCCGAGGCAGAACGCCAGCACGGGCGUGUGGGUGUUCCCGUCCAACCUGAAGGUGCUCAACCUGUCUCGCACCGGGCUCGGGGACACGGGCGCCUGCCACAUCGCCGAGGCGCUCCUGCCCAGGUGGUCCCCGCUCGCGCAGCUGGGCGGCGGCGGCGCGUGCGGUCGGUGGCUGUUCAACUCGAAGCUGCGAGAGUUGCACCUGGGCGGCGCCACGAUCGGCCCGGGCGGUGCCAAGGCUCUCGCCCGAGCUCUCACCCCGCAGCGCAACAACGACUUCCUCGCCGACGUCAAGGUCGAGUCGCAGUGGGCGUUCAACACCGCGCUGCGAAUCCUGGACCUGCGCGAUAACCAAAUCGGAAGCGAGGGCAUGGAAGCAAUCGCCGCGAUGCUCGAGCCCGUCCAGGUCGAGACGGACUUUGGCGCGCAGAGCCCAAACUCGGGCUCGUCCACGCCCGGCGCCUUCAACCCGAACGUUUUUUUCCCAGUCGCCCCCGCCGACCCCGCGACACACGCGAGCUCGGCGACGAGAACAGCCGGCACAGCCCCGCCCGGGCCCCGCACGCGGUGGAUCCCCGGCGGCGGCGGCCUCACCGUCCUCAACCUGGAGUUCAACGACGCGGGGCCCGAGGGGAUCUGCCACAUCGCGAGGGCGCUGACCCCGCGGUGGUGCGCGGGGCUUCCUCCGCCGGGCCGCGUCGGCCCCGACUCCGGCCGGUCCUCCCCGGCGUUCCCCGAGUACCCGUCCGGGCUCGGCACCCGGGGCUCGGGUUCGCCCGACAGCAGCAACGCGUCGUCGCCGGGUGCGACGCCCUACGGCUCGAGGCCGUCCUCCGCGCGGGGUGGCCGCGGCGGGUUUAUCAACCCGCGGUCGCGCCCGAGCUCGGCGGGGGGAUCCGGGCCGGCCUCGCGAAGGUCGAGCUUCGGCGUGGCGAUCGCCAACGGGCUCGCGGUGCACAAGGAUGUGGAUGCGCUGGCGUGCACCGGCGUCGGCGGGGACGACUGCGCGUGCGGCACGUGCCGGGGCGUGUGGACCAACGGCGGCGGGUGGACCAACGGCGGCGGGUGGACCAACGGCGGCGGGUGGACCAACGGCGGCGCUCAACUCGGCGACGGAUACUGGGUCGCCAACCGCGCGUUGCGGGGUCUCGCCGUGGGCGGAAACCGCAUGGGCGACGAGGGCGCCGCGGCGUUGGCGACGGCAAUCGAGCCCCGGAUGAACAGCGACGGUUCGUGGACCACCCCGGCGCUUCACGCGCUCGACGCCAAGGAGAACGGCAUCGGCACCGAGGGCCUCCUGGCGCUGGCCAGGGCCGUGGAGCCCAAGUGCGGCCGGUGCCUCCGCGGCAGGACCAGCAGGCUCAACUCCACCGACUCGCUCGCGUCCAUGGACGAGUGCAGGUCGGUCGCGAGCCGGCCCGGGAGCACGCACGGCGGAUCGCUCCUGUCCUCUGUGCUCCUCAACAACGCCGCCAACGCCGCCGGCGACGUCGCCGGUCUGAUGAACCAGUGGGGCCUCGGCGGGAACUCCCCGGCGGACAGCCCGAGGAGCUUCUCGCCCACGUCCGACACCGAGCGAGGCUCGCCGUUCCCGGGGGGCUCACCGAGGGUUGGGUCCCCCACGGGCGAGUGCGCCUUCGAGAUUCACAGCGCGGUGCGCAGGCUCGACCUGCUUCACAACGACACGAACGCCAACUUGAAGGCUGUGUUCCAGCAUCUCAAGUCCACGGGCUCGCAGUGCGACGUGACCAUCUGAUGAGCGCGACUGAAUCAAGUCUGCGACUCGGCUCUUGUUCUUUCAUCCGCGACAUGUACCAGCACCAUUGAUGUAUUUAGCAGGUCGGCCGCUUGCCGACCCGCCUAUUGACCCAGCUUUUGAACAAUAACAUUGUACUGUACCUCU